GCAGAGCUCUCAGGCACCUCGCUUUGUGCCCCAGCGCGUGGGUGCUGCGGGGUGCCCGGCACUGCCUCUGCAACCCAGCUCACUGCUGCCAGCUGCUGUAUGGCACGGGCUGCUGGGACCCCAUCAGUCUGUGGGAACUCCCCGGUGUGCCUUUCACCAGGUCUGGUGUCCUCAUCCCUCUGGGCCCUGUGCUCCACACCGAAAGUCUCUGUGGCUCGGAAAUCCCCUCGGGGCCUCUCGUCUGGCUCCAGAGAAGGCAGCCUCAGCUGUGGGAAGCAACAGGAAACCUGAAGAGCCUCAUAAGAGCUUUGGGGCUGCAGAUCAAGGAGCUGGUGCUUUUUGCUGGCUCAGCUCCUCGCCCUACUGUCACCGCUUUCCAGCCCAGUGCAACUCUCAGCCAGACCCUCCUCUGCUUCAGAGCCUUGUAGCUGGCCUGGGGGUGCCCAGGCAUCUGUGCCUGGGGGCCAUGGGGCCAGGACCACCUCUUUGGGACCCUGCUCAGGAGCUGUGUAUGUGCAGAAUGGCCCAGUGCCUUCAGUAGAGCCCGAGAAACUUUUGGGUAUUUCUCAGGGUCCCCAACAGCUCCCUGCUCCCAGCCAGGCACUGCUCAGCUGGGCUUUAUUUCUGUUCUGAACACCACAUCUGCUGCUGGAGGUGCCGAGAGGAGCAGCCACACAGGGGCUGCAGCACUCCAUUUCCCAGUGGCCACUGGCCUGGGCUGACCCACCAGGAUUAGGGAGCCUGCAAGGAGUAAAUCGUGUAAAUCCAGAUUAGAUUUAAGCAGAUGCUACGCAGAGGAGAUGCGAGCGGGAGCCGGGCAGGAGAGCAAGCAGGUGCCAAAGAGAGGCCAUCCCCUCGGCGCAGGGCUGCAGAGCAUGUUCCACCUCUUCUCCCACUGCUGGUCCUGGCUGCAGGCCAUACAGGAGCCCAUCAGGAAGGUGACCCUGCUCGUCGUGGGGCUGGACAAUGCAGGGAAGAGCUCUGUCAUCAUGGAUAUAGCGAGAGCCAUGGCCUGUGAGGUGCUGCCCACAACACAGCCUGGCCAGAUCUGCCUGCGGGUGGACAGAUUCGAGGUGACACUGGUGGACCUGCCCGGGGCCCAGCGCUUCCGCAGCGCCUGGCGCAGCCACUACAGCACAGCCCACGGGCUGCUCUUCGUGCUGGACUCCAGUGACCUGGCGAGGAUGGAGGAGGCCCGCAAGGCUCUGAGCCGCAUCCUGAGUCACCCUGAUGUCUCUGGAAAGCCCCUCUUACUGCUGGCGAACAAGCAGGACGUGGCGGCCGCCCUGCUGCCCUGCGAGCUGAUCGAGCGCCUGGCACUGGAGCGGCUGGUCAACGAGAACCGCUCGCCCUGCCGCAUCGAGCCGUGUGCGGCUGCCGGCCCAGCCCGCAGCACCCUGCAGGGGCUGCGCUGGCUCCUGCGUGCUGCUGCCGAGCGCUCCUCAUUGCUCCCUGCCACCCGCUCCCCGACGGCCGACCCCAGCCCCCGGACAGCCCGUGGGCUGUGCUCUCGCCCCACCAGGGAUGCCCCGGACAACCAGGAUGGUGUGGGGAAGAUGGGGGAGCACCGGGCCGCCCGCCGUCUCCUCCCCAAGGUGAGAGCCCCCCGGCCACAGCAGGAGUGGGCUGGGCUGGAGGGGGUUGCCAUUGCCUUCUCCUCAUCCCCUCCUCUCCCUGCCCAGGAGGAGAGUGCAAAGGGUCCUGGGAAGAGGAAGAGGAAGGUGAAGGUGAGGAAGAAGGGCCCGGGGCAGCCAAGCCUGGCCGAGGAACUGGACAGACCAGGAGGAGGGGGUGACAGCCGAGCCAGCUCUGCUGUGGGGCUGCUGGCCCCCAACAGGGUCGGGCAGGAGGAACCUCUGCCCCCCGGGAUGGCUGCCCCCCACCCAGCGCAGGGCAUGAAAAAGAAAAAGAAGAAGAAAAUUAAGAAUAAAAUCAAGUCGCAGGAGCCUGCCGUGGAGCAGCAGCGGGAGGAGGUCUCCAGCACCUUUGACCUGUACCGCCGGGCGAUGCUGGCUCUGAAGAUGCGGCAGGAGCAGAGGAAGCAGCCGUCUGCCAUCGCCCCCUGAGCGGGGUGCAAGCUCCCAAGGACCCCGGGCUGUGUCGCAGUGGCUCUGGGACCUGCGGCUUGUGCAGGGCUCCUGGGGUGCUUGGCCAGGGCUGGCAGUCCUGGGCAGUGGGUCCUAGGGCAGGAAGAGCAGUGCUUCUGUCCUCUGCAUGACUUGAAAAUCAGGAUCUGCAGGAACGAGCCGAAAGUCCUUUUGUAGAAAGCCUCUCUGGCAGCCAGGCUGCAAACUCUCCUGAAAAGGUCAGGCACUUUCUCACCCUGUGUUAAUACCUGUGUAGGACUUGCUCUGAACACGACCGAGUCUGUAGAAGAGAGGAAGAUCAGAGUGAAUACCCCAAGGGGAAAGCCCAUCUCCUGAAUUGACACGUGCCCAGGCAAAGCUGUCAGCACAGGUCGGGGGCUAGCUCAGCCACUCGUUCAGCCCCUGCCUGCUUCCUGGGUGAGUUUCCUGCUGCUGAGGCCAGGAAAGCCCUCCCAGGGGGGGACUCCCAUCCCCAUCCCCAGCCAGCAGCACAGCAUCAGGAGCCUCCCCUGCCUGGUGGAGGCUGGGGAUGCCCGGAUCAUUUGCAGGGCGGUUCCAGAGCUGUGCUCAGCUCGGGGCUGAGCCAGGACACCGAGCAGCACCUGCCUGCCAGCACAACCCUCCUGGGCAGGGCUGUGCUCCCAGUGGGACUUUGAUGUGCUGCAGCACCCUGCUGCCCUGCUCCGGCAGCCCCGGCUGGGCACGUGUGCGAAGAAACGGCUGCCAGACCUGGGAGCACUGCACGUUAGGUCACAGGUGCAGCAGUUUUCCUUCCGUGGCCACAACAAGGUGAGGACUUGAACUGUGCUCAGAAACCGGGCCGUGAAUCACCGCCGCUUCCCUGGUUGCUGAUUAACAGGCCAUGCCUUCCAGGUCCAGGGCAAGAGAUAUCACUAAAGCCCUUCCUUCGGUUGGGAUUAAAAAGGGAAAAGAAGAAAAACUUUGACUAUUCUGCCUUGCUAGUGUGCUGUAAAGCUUUGUUUAACUCUGUUAGAUUCAACCGCCAGUGACUACAGUGACUAAGUGCAGCAGCAAAUUAACACCGGUGUGUAAAUACAGCCCUUGCAGUACAACUACAGCCUUCUCUGUGCUCCGUGGAGCUCCUGGGACAAUACGGGAUGUUGUUUAUUUUUUUAAGAGGAAGAAGUCCUCCUCUUGUGCCACGUGUAACACACAACCUGAGAAGCUGGCCAGUGGGGAGAGUCCAGGGCCUGGCUGGUGUUACUGGGCAGAUAAAGGAUGCUUCCCAUGGGAGCCAGCCAUAAGAAACCUGCUAGAGACCCCCACUUUUUCACCCAGAGGGUGGCUGGGCACUGGACUGGGCUCCACGGCAGUGGUCACAGCACCGAGCUGCCAGAGUUCAAGCAGUGUUUGGGCACUGCUCUCAGAUACAGGGUCUGAUCUGGGGGUGACCUGGUGUGGAGCCAGGAGUUGGACCCUUGUGGAUCUCUUCCAACUUGGGAGGUACUGUGAUGCUGUGAUUCAUAAAAUAACGAUGUCAAGUAGUAGUGCGGAUAGGCAGUUCAAAUAUAUUUCAAAAUCAGCCCCCUUUCCCCUGAUGUUUCAGCGGCUGUAGAGCAGCUAAUCCCUGCAACAAACCAGGAGACAAGCCUGGCAUAUCCCAACUGAAAAUAUGGCUUUUAGCUACUUUAAAAGUUAAGCAGCAAGAACUCUGUGUUUAAAAAGUUCUAUCUCAAAAUCAGAACCAUCUCAGAAAUGAGAUUCUGAAGACCUAUUUGAUGAAAUAUUCAGCAGAUAAGCCAAAAGAUACUAAUUAAAGGUUAUUCCAUGCCA